CACCAGGAUGGGCAGAGGGACAGAUUCUGACCCUCUUCCUCCUCUCUCUCCUCCCCCCUGCCCCAGAGUUCAGCCUCCCUGAGGACUUCUGCCACGUGGACCCCGAGAAGUCCAACGGGCCCUGGGACACCAUCGCCGUCUUCAUCACCCUCUUCCUCCUCAGCGUCUGCUACAGCGCCACCGUCACCCUCUUCAAGGUCAAGUGGCUCCUCUCCACCGUCAUCCAGCUCAAGCAAGGCCCCGCCCCCGACUACAAGAACGUCAUCCAGCGCGUGGCCUAAGGGGACGUGGCCCCGUGGCCCCCUCCCCCACCCCACCCCCCGCCCCCCGCCUCCACCUCGAGGUGACACAACGACACACACCCUCCCCCCCCCCCCUCCGCGGGGGAGUGGGGGAGGGGGAAACGGGGCGGGGGGAGGGGGGGGUGGGGGGUGGGGAGGGAGCGUGUGCGCGGGGAGGACGUUACACGGAUCCGCACGUGGCCGGGGGUGGAGAAGAGGGUCCACGUGUCCAUGGGGAGGACGUUACAUGGAUCCACGUGUGUUUGGUGAGGACGUUACAUGGAUCCACGCGUGUCCAGGGAGGAGAACAGGGUCCAUGUGUCCAUGGGGAGGACGUUACACGGAUCCGCGCGUGGCCGGGGGUGGAGAACAGGGUCCACGUGUCCAUGGGGAGGACGUUACAUGGAUCCACGUGUGUUUGGUGAGGACGUUACAUGGAUCCACACGUGUCCAGGGAGGAGAACAGGGUCCACGUGUCCAUGGGGAGGAUGUUACAUGGAUCCACGCGUGUCCGGGGGUGGAGAACAGGGUCCACGUGUCCAUGGGGAGGACGUUACAUGGAUCCACGUGCGUCCAGGGAGGAGAACAGGGUCCACGUGUGUUUGGGGAGGACGUUACAUGGAUCCACACGUGUCCAAGGAGGACGUUACAUGGAUCACCGUGUGUCCAGGGAGGAGAACAGGGUCCACGUGUCCAUGGGGAGGAUGUUACAUGGAUCCACGCGUGUCUGGGGGUGGAGAACAGGGUCCACGUGUCCAUGGGGAGGACGUUACAUGGAUCCACGUGCGUCCAGGGAGGAGAACAGGGUCCACGUGUGUUUGGGGAGGACGUUACAUGGAUCCACACGUGUCCAAGGAGGACGUUACAUGGAUCACCGUGUGUCCAGGGAGGAGAACAGGGUCCACGUGUCCAUGGGGAGGAUGUUACAUGGAUCCACGCGUGUCUGGGGGUGGAGAACAAGGUCCACGUGUGUUUGGUGAGGAUGUUACAUGGAUCCACACGUGUCCGAGGAGGACAUUACAUGGAUCACCGUGUGUCCAGGGAGGAGAACAGGGUCCACGUGUGUUUGGUGAGGACGUUACAUGGAUCCACGCGUGUCCGGGGGUGGAGAACAGGGUCCACGUGUCCAUGGGGAGGACGUUACACAGAUCCACGCGUGUCCAGGGGUGGAGAACAAGGUCCACGUGUGUUUGGGGAGGACGUUACAUGGAUCAACGUGUGUCCAGGGAGGAGAACAGGGUCUACACGCGUAUGGUGAGGACGUUACAUGGAUCCAUGCGUGUCCAGGGAGGAGAACAGGGUCCACGUGUGUUUGGGGAGGACGUUACAUGGAUCCACGCGUGUCCGGGGGUGGAGAACAGGGUCCACGUGUCCAUGGGGAGGACGUUACAUGGAUCCACGCGUGUCCGGGGGUGGAGAACAGGGUCCACGUGUCCAUGGGGAGGACGUUACAUGGAUCCACACGUGUCCGGGGGAGGAGAACAGGGUCCACGUGUCCAUGGGGAGGACGUUACAUGGAUCCACACGUGU